AUGACAGGUAACAUUGGCAGAGACGUAGCCAAUAUCAUAGUGGAUCCCCAGAUUUACACAACCCAAUUUCUGUUGUUACUCUGCCAAAGCAUUCAUUUGACGUUACAAGAGGUGGACGGAGAGAGUGUUGAUGAAGAUGCGAUGUCCCAAAUAAUUGAAAAACUCAACCAUCAUUCUCUGAUAGCUAGGGACAACCCAGCUGUAAACAAAAUUCGUCUCAAGCCGUCAGAGGCCUUGGAAUUGUACUACAAUUUACUCAAGCAACACAAUAUCAACCAAGAGGAAGGGUUAGAGGGAAAUAAAGAAAUUUGUGAAUUGUUAUAUGCUACUCGGAUCAAGGAAUUGGAGGACAAUUUGAGAUCACAGGAGAGCAUAUUCAAAGAACAAGUUAAAUAUCUACAAGGAUGA